UCACUUUUCAGCAUAAACCAAAAUCAUUCUUCUUAGAAAAAAAAAGCUUUCACGACGACCAUGUCAUCAGAAUGGCAUUUGCGUUUAUUUUUUCACUCGCUACUAUUACUCUGUUGUGUCUCCCCUUCAAGCUUAUUCAAUUUAAAUAAUCCUGAUGAUGGUCUUGUUUCAUGUCACCCCCACAAGAUUCAAGCCUUUACGCAUUUUAAGAACGAGUUUGACACCCGUGGCUGUAACCACAGUGACUACUCUAAUGGAGUGUGGUGCGAUAACUCUACGGGUGCUGUCACGAAGCUACGGGUCACAGCCUGUCUCAGUGGAACUCUGAAGUCCAACAGUAGCCUCUUCGGGUUUCGUCAGCUUCGUUACCUUCAUCUCUCUGAAAACAGAUUCACCUCUUCUUCACUCCCUUCCGAGUUUGGCAAUCUCAACAAAUUAGAGGUCUUAUAUCUUUCCUCCAAUGAUUUAUUCGGACAAGUUCCUUCCACAUUUGGUAGCCUAACUUGGUUAACACAUUUGUUCCUUGAUCGAAACAUGCUCACUGGUAGUUUCCCACCUAUACAAAACCUAACCAAGCUCUCCUAUCUAGAUCUUGCCUAUAAUAACUUCUCUGGAGCCAUCCCUUCUUCUCUCCUCAGUAUGCCUUCCUUAUCACAUUUGGACUUACACGAGAACCAUCUCACCGGUUCUAUCCAAUUCCCCAACUCCUCUGCUUCAUCAAAGCUAGUGUACCUUCGCCUUGCGAAUAACCAUUUCGAUGGACAGAUUUUAGACCCUAUCUCAAAGUUCAUCACCCUUGAGUUUCUCGACCUUUCUUUCAUAAACACAAGCCACCCGAUUAGCUUAAGCCUCUUCUCAUCUCUCAAAUCUUUGUAUUACCUCAAUCUUUCCGGCAACAAGAUAUCUUCAGCCAGUUUAAGUUCAGAUUCAUAUGUUCCGUUGACCUUGGGGAUGUUGUCCUUGAGAGACUGUGGCAUCAGCGAGUUCCCAAACAUCUUAAGGACACUCAAGAAGUUGGAGUAUAUACACUUAUCCGACAAUAGAAUCAAAGGGAAAAUCCCUGGGUGGUUAUGGAGCCUUCCUCGUCUGACAUCAGUGAGUAUUGCACAUAACUCGUUCAAUGGGUUCCAAGGUUCCGUGGACGUGUUAGUAAAUUCAUCAGUGCAGCUAUUAAUUAUGGAUUCAAACAAAUUUCAUGGAGCACUUCCUAAUCUACCACUCUCUAUCAAUAUCUUGUCUGUGAGUACUAAUAAUUUCACAGGAGAGAUACCUCUUUUAAUAUGCAACCGAAGCUCUCUCCUUGUUCUUGAUCUGUCCCUCAACAACUUCAGUGGUCCAAUUCCUCAAUGUUUGAGUCAUUUGGUAGUUGUGAAUCUCCGGAAGAACAAUUUGGAAGGAAGUAUUCCUGACGUGUUCAAUGCAAGUGCCUCUCUACGGACACUCGAUGUUGGCUACAACCGAAUUAGUGGGAAGCUUCCAAGGUCUCUUAUAUUUUGCUUGUCUCUCAAGAUUCUAAAAGUGGACCACAACAUCAUCAAAGAUACAUUUCCUUCAUGGCUCAAGACUUUACCGAAUUUGCAAGUGCUUACCCUCCGUUCAAACAAAUUCUACGGUCCCAUGUCUCCUCCGCAUCAAGGUCCUCUCGGAUUUCCCGAGCUGCGGAUAUUUGAGAUAGCUAAUAAUAAGUUUACUGGAAGCUUGCCACCAAGUUACUUCGUCAACUGGAAAACAUCAUCACUCACAAUGAAUGAAGAUGGUGGUUUAUAUAUGGUAUACGCGAAGAAUCCAUAUGGUGUAGUUGGAUUUACAUAUACCGAUUCCAUAGAUUUGCAAUACAAAGGGCUAUCCAUGGAGAGACAGAAGAUCCUCACUUCCUACAGCACCAUUGAUUUUUCUGGAAACUUACUUGAAGGACAGAUUCCUGAAUCUAUUGGUCUCUUGAGCUCACUGAUUGCACUCAAUUUAUCAAACAAUGCUUUCACUGGCCAUAUCCCUCUGUCUUUGGCUAAGCUUAAGGUGCUCGAGUCACUCGACAUGUCAAGAAACCAACUCUAUGGGACUAUUCCUAAUGGACUGGGGAGCCUCUCGUUUUUGGAGUACAUAAAUGUGUCUCAUAACCAACUCAAGGGUGAGAUACCACAAGGAACACAGAUUACUGGGCAAUCUAAAUCCUCCUUUGAAAGGAAUGCAGGGCUUUGUGGUCUCCCACUCAAGGAAACUUGCUUCAGCACUAGUGCACCUCCGAUGCAACACCAUAAGCAAGAAGACGAAAAAGAAGAAGAAGAAGAAGAAGUGUUGAACUGGAAAGCAGUGGCAAUAGGGUAUGGAUCUGGAGUGCUGUUUGGACUGGUAGUAGCACAAGCCAUUGCUUCAUACAAGCCAGAGUGGCUCGCUAAGAUCAUUUGUCUGAAUAAGCGCAGAAACCGUUAG